AUGGCAGCAGAUUACCUGAAACCUAAGGACCCAAACUUUAGUAGUGUGCACCCAAGGAUUCAAAAGGAUAGAAGGGCUUAUCCACAUCUUAAGGACCGCAUCGGCGCACUAGAUGGUACUCACGUCAGAGCUACCAUUCCUGCUGGCGACGAAGUUAGAUACAUUGGAAGGUCAGGAUCAACAACACAGAAUGUUCUGGCAAUAUGUGAUUUUGACAUGCAUUUCAUGUACACUUCAGUUGGUCAACCCGGCUCUAUGCAUGAUACCGGUGUCUUGUAUCAUGCAAUUGAAGCUGACAAAGAUACCUUCCCUCAUCCUCCAAAGGGUAAGUACUAUCUUGUGGACGCGGGCUAUCCUAAUAGACCUGGAUAUCUCGCACCUUACAAGGGGGAAAGGUACCACGUGACUGAUUUUCAACGAGGUGUGGCGCCAAGAACACCUAAGGAGAAAUUUAACAAGAUACACUCAUCCAAGCGUAAUGUGAUCGAGAGAGCGUUUGGUGUGUGGAAAAUGAAGUGGCAGAUUCUACUAGAGAUGCCCAAUUAUUCAGUUGAAACUCAAAAGAUGAUAGUGGCUGCAACUAUGGCCCUCCACAACUACGUUCGAUAUCAUGAUAAGGGGGAUCUUCACUUUCUUCGAGUCGACAGAGAUCCCAACUAUGUCCCAACUAUCCCUUCAAGGUAUCAACGGUAUGCCAUCCCUCCGAAUGCAUCGGAUGCGUCAACCUCGGAGACUAGUGAUAAAGACAUGGACCGGUUCCGUAAUAGACUAGCAACUGAUAUUGCUCUUGGUUGGUGA